AUGCUGUCCUCUUCGAAGGCCUUGUUGGAAUGGGUGAAAGAUGAGAGGAACAGGGACUUAAUGCUGACCCUCUUAUGUCCUGUGCCAGCUCCCCUCGGCCUCCUGAGCCUGCUGCCACCACUCAGGCCCGCGGCCCCCAUCUCCCCAUCAGAGCCCAUCAGUCAAGCCUAUAGCCUGGCUCUCUACAUGCAGAAGAACACAUCAACGCUGCUGCAGACCUAUCUCCAGUACCAGGGAAGCCCCUUCAGUGACCCUGGCUUCUCAGCCCCUGAGCUCCAGCUCAGCAGCCUGCCUCCUGCUGCGGUUCCCUUCAAGACCUGGCAUGCGAUGGACGACGCCGAGCGGCUAAGCCGAGCCCAGGGAGGCUUCCUGGCCCUGACCCAGCACCUCCAGCUUGUGGGGGACGACCAGAGUGAUCUGAAUCCUGGCAGUCCCAUUCUGCUGGCCCAGCUAGGAGCGGCAAGACUCAGGGCCCAAGGCCUACUGGGCAACAUGGCUGCUAUCAUGAGUGCGCUAGGGCUGCCCAUCCCUCCAGAAGAGGAUACUCUGGGGCUUGUCCCUUUUGGGGCCUCAGCCUUUGAAAGGAAAUGUCGAGGCUACAUAGUGACCCGGGAAUAUGGUCACUGGACGGACCGGGCUGUGAGAGACUUGGCUCUACUCAAGGCCAAGUACCCAGCAUAGAAGGUCGUCAUUCUGCCAGAAGUCCCAAGUCUUUUCUUUAGAGGACUCAUUCCUGCCUUACUUCUGAGAUGGAGAACGCCUCACGCCUCACUUAGCAGUCAGGACCCCUGUGACAAGCGUUUGGGAAUAUUUCCUGGAAGCCAAGCCUCCACGCCUGAUUGCCUGGGUCUUCCUGCCAGGUCCUAGAGACUAGACUCCCUUCCAGAUCUAGGCAGGACUCCAUGGAC